CGUCGGUACCGUUUAUUUAAUCCAUCAAUAAACAAACAAAAUUCAAGGUAACUAUUACCUAUUGCACAUUUUGCUAUGGAUUGUUCCGAUAUUUCAUCCGAGUCUCCUAUCCCAAGUGUGUCUGAACGACUUUCAAAGUUAAAUCCAUCAAAAGAGUUGCUUGAGUAUUAUAGGAAAAAAAUUAUAGAUUAUGAUAACGAACACGAUGAGUUUCUUGACAAAUUAGAAAAGUACAAGUCAAGUUAUGAAGAACAGCACAAACUUGAGUGUGAACUUCGACAAAGAGAUGAUGAAAUAAAAGAAUUACAAAAAGCUUUAAGUGACAUGCAAAUAUUUUUGUUUCAAGAAAGAGAACAUGUUUUGCAUCUUUAUGCUGAAAAUGAUUGUUUAAAAAUUCAGGAAUUGAAUGAUCGUAAAAAGAUACAGCAUCUUUUAUCUUUGACACAACUAACUGACAAUGAAAUAACAUAUUUUUUAAAAGACCAACCUUUGAAUAUUAUUCCUAGAAGAUGUGAUGUUCGUUCUCCAAAUCUUGAGAAACCUAAGAAUAUUAGAUUUACUGACCGUGGUCCUGGUGGACAUCAUAAAGCAAUGUCUUCCUCAAAUAAGCAAACAAGUAAAUCUCCUUCUGUUAAUAUAACAAACAAUGAACGACAAAAUUAUCAAUUGCAAAUUGAGUCAUUGCAAGCCCAGCUUGAAGAACAAACAAAGCUUUCUCGGGAACAAAUUAAUUCUCUGCUAGAGGACCGAAAAGUGCAAAAUGACGAACAAAAAGCGCAGCAAGUGCAGGAUGCAGAAAAGAUACUUCGACUCACUGACAACUUGCAGAAGACACAGACUUUGUUAUAUGAGAGCACUAAAGAUUAUUUAGAAGUCAAAUAUGAGAUCAGGCUGAAAGAGAGAAAAUGGGUCGAUGAAAGAGAUAAAAUACUACAAGAAAUGAAUUCUUUAAGAGAAAAGUUAUGUGGAAAAAAGAAAUGCAACAAGGUAUCAAAUUCUGAAAAUGCUGAUACCCAAAAUCGAUCAUCUGGUGGAAGUAAUAUUCGAUUAACUAAUCUAAUGGUUAUUAAUCAGUUACGAAACAGCCUUGAGCAAACUCAGAAUAUGGCAGAAAUGUAUAGAGAACAGGUAAUUGGUUUGGAAGAUGAGUUGGCUCGUAUAAAAGAAGAGAAUGAUAAUGGUAAAGAUUCUUUUAAAAUAAAAGUAGAAAAGUUAACACAGAGAUUACAACUCAUGAAUCAAAGGUACGAAGCUCUAGAGAAAAGAAGAGAAUUAGAAGUUGAAGGUUUUAAAAAUGAUAUAAAAAUAAUGAGACAAAGAUUAAAAGAUGUUGAAAAACAACUAUUCAAGGUUACUGUAAAUAUUGGUGAUCAAUUCGAUUUUGAAAUUUUAAAAAACGUUCACUCCACUGCCCAUCGAGCCAAAAAAAUUGCAGGCGAAUUGCACAACUUAAAGUCACAUGUUUAUGGUCUGGAAAGAGAACUAAAGAACCUUUAAUCUGAAUUAAAUUUUUUAAGUUAUUUUAUUUCAAAGUGUUUGUAAAUGUUUUAUUAAUUUCUUAUAUUUAUUUACUAUUUAUUUUCCAAAAUGGAUCUAUGUAUUUUUUUAACUCCAAAGAAAUAUAAUGCUAAAUUUUUUU